UGCCCGGCGCCGGGCGCGGGCGGCAGUCGGUGCCUGUGUCGUACUGCGCCCAUCGCACGGCAGCGACACCGUCGAAUCGAGAGUCCGUGCGCUGCCCGACGCCACGGCCGCGACACGACACGACGCUGGUAGGCUGCCCAGAGGGUGCUGUCAAGACAGGGGCGGGACUUGUAAGACCUACCUUAUUAGGUGCUGAGACCACCGCCCAUGGCCCCCCUGGCCGAGAUGACUGCCAAUGGCCAGGACGAGGCGCUGCUCAACGACGGCCCCUCGCUCCAAGACGCGUUCAAGCAGUUCCGCAACCGCAAACGCCAGCAGCAGCGCCAGGUGCCGACGAAGGAAUUGCGGCGCCGGGCGGCAGAACGGCGCGCGGCGGACCCGGCCGGCGACAAGGCAAGAUUACGGUCCAAGUUCAUCGCGAAAUGCCUGGAGAGCGUAGGCGUCCCCUACGCCGAGCGCUACCACAAGCCGGGCGACGCGCUGUACGGCCUCAAGGAGUAUUUGGAUUGUUGUGCUCUCUUCCGGAAGGCGCUGCGGCAAUUGCGGCCGGACUUCGGGUUCGAUAUCGGGCCCUGGAACCAGGCCUACCUCUUCGCGACGCUGCCGCGGAAGCUUGAAUUGAGUGAGGUGCGGCCGGGGGACCUCCUCUUCGUCGAAGGGACGUACUUCAAGGGCCGGAAGAAACAACAAAAAGGGAACAUCGUCCACGUCGAGAUGUUUCUGGGCGCGGAGCUGGGCUCGGGCCCGGAGUCGACGCUCGCGUCGAGGGACCACUGGGGCUGCGUCUCGGUCCAGGACUCGUUCAAGUACGUGAGCCCCUGGUACGAGAUCACGGCCUUACAUUGGAGGAGCCUGGACGACUGGCUGGAAGGGCGGUGCGACCCCGUCGCGCUGCCCGACUGUUUCCAGGGCCACGACCCGUACGGCGAGAAGGCCCAGCGCGUCGGGAAGAAGUCGGUCUUCGACGACGAGGGCGCGGACGACGUUGACGACGAGGCCAUCGCCGCCGCCGCCGCGAAACUCAAGGUCUAAGACUUAGAAC